AUGGCAGGACCCCAGCUCUGCUAUGACGACAUUGUGCCUUUGGCGACAACCUCAGCUCACCAGCCCGCUCCCAGUCCGCACAUUUCGGAUGUCUUAUUUUUGGAGUGUUCCCCCGGGCCCGCCUUUGGGCCAUUGGGCGUCAUCGUCGUCAUCACCCAGGUCCCUUUCCUUGGUGCACAUGUCCACCUUCGCAUCUCCAAAUGA